AUGAAGUUCUCCAACGCUGCUGCUCUUGGCCUCGUGGGCUGUGCCCUUGCCUUGCCCAAGCACAUCGAGGGCGGCGACCGUCAGUCUCUCCCUAACUUGCCAUCCGGUUUCCCCAUCCCGUCCGGCACUCCGUCCGAGGGCCAGCCCCAGGAGGGCGGCGAGGGUAACUUCCCUGGUCCUAGCGGAACGUUCCCCUCCAGCUUCCCCGUUCCCUCCGGCGGCGCUGGUUUCCCCGGCCCCAGCGGCUUCCCAGUUCCUUCCGGCGGUGCUGGCUUCCCUGCUCCCAGCGGACAGCCUGAUUUCCCUGCUCCCAGCGGACAGCCUGACUUCCCUACUCCCUCCGGCGGAGCAGGAUUCCCCGAACAGUCGUUCGACAAGCGGGACGAGGGCUUCCAAUUCCCCGACCCCAGCGGCUUCCCUGUGCCCUCCGGCAUUAUUCCCUCCGGCUUCCCCAUUCCAUCCGGUAUCCCAUCCGGCUUCCCCAUUCCCUCCGGCAUUCCUUCCGGCUUCCCCGUUCCAUCGGGAUCACCUUCUAGCGGCUCUCCCUUCGGUGACUCCUCCUUCAGCGGAUUCCAGAAACAACAGUCCCAGGGCACCGAUGAAGGUGACGACAACGACGACGAGUCCUCCUUCCCGACGCCCUCCGGAGCGCCCUCGUCGGCCCCCAGCGGCGAGCCCGACUUCCCUACCCCCAGCGGUCCUGCUCCUUCCGGUGGUUUCCCUAGUGGUUUCCCCGGCGGCCACCACGGCGAAGGCCACCACGGCGGUAAGGGCCACCAUGCGAGGGCCACGGCCCCAAGCCGACUGGAACCCAGCCCUCUGGCAGCGGAAGCGGUCCUCGUCCCACUCCGUCGGGCUCUUUCCCUAAGCCUAGUGGGGGGGCUUCGUUCCCUUUCUUUGCUUAGGUGA